UUUAUCCGGGCAAAUCGCACUCGAACUUGCUCGUGACACGUAAUCAUUUCAGUAUUGUUGCUCUCAUUGUAAACAGAGCAGGGGCAACGAUAGUGACCUUUUAUUUUGCAUUGGGAAAGGAAUACAACAAAGCAUUGCUUACUAGAGUAAAACAAAUCAGUUUCAUACAAUUUGCUUAUACUAAAACCGAAUAGAUAGCGUCCUAAGCAUAUUUUUAGCACAUUCAUUUGCAUAGUUUUGUCUUAAAUCGGAUCAUGCCAAUAGUUUUUCGAUACUAUCGGUAUUUUUCUUAUGAAUGAGUGAAUCAUCGUUUCUGUUUCUAUUUCGGUACCCACUUGUGCUCUUCGAUUCUGAUAAUGUAAACAAGAUCUAAAACGUUCUCUCCACAUAUUCUCAGAACUCAUCGUUGAAUCUUAUAGCCUUACUCACAAACACUCUGUUGUCGGCCACAUCUAGCACAAACGUUCCAACAAGCUAAUCGUUAUUGUUCCUGUGAGUUGCUUAACAAAAUCGUGAUGAUUGUAUUGCAAGUUGUCGUGAUAAUGCUGUUAACCAGCCGCAAAUCCGCUAAUUGUCAAUCAGUAGUAAAUCAUAAUAACGAAAGUGUAAAUUUGAGCACACAAAACGAUUGGAGAUGUGCGAGACUAUUAAACCAUUGUUUGAUUGUUACAACCGUAAACUACCGUGUACCUGGUAAAGAAUUUGCCAUCAACUUCGACUGCAAUGUGCACCCGGUCAAGAAUGCACAUUCGGACAAAGUGUUUCGAAAGGUUACGAGCUACCGCAUGGAUGGCCGAAACGCAUACAGCGAUACUGGAUUUGGCUUAGAGUAUCUGAGUUUUCCAGACAAAAUAACCACACUGGUGCUGCAUGGUUACUGUGUGCGUAUGCAGAGGGCCGUACCGUUGUACCGUGAUUUUCAUAAUCUUGAGCUGCUGGAGUUAAUUAACUGUAGUGUGAAUCAUAUCAAUGGAGAUGUUUUUCAAGAUCUGCCAAAGUUGCAAAAGUUAGUACUAAAUAGCAGCACAUUUGGGGUAAUGACCCAUGAUGUGUUUCACAAACUCAUACAAUUGAAAGAGAUGUUCAUAGAGAAUUGUACAGGAAUACAGUUCACGGCGAGCGAUUUGGUAAACAUUCAAUUAAUUGCUGUAAGAAAUAGUACGGUGUACCAAAUUUCUUCAAUAUUCGAUUAUCUACCAUCAACGUUAAAGACAAUCAAUUUCGUCAAUGUGCUGACCCAUGAGAUUCCAAAUAUAACGCUACGAUCGUCAGAUGAAGAGCAAAGUGCUGUGGAAGAUGUUGCCGUAGUCCAAAGUUUGCUCUCCUGCGUGAUUGUAAAAAGUUUGCCACGAUUGAUUUCACUAAACCUUUCAAGGAACUCGCUAUCUGAGAACUCAAUAGUGUUGCACAAUCUACCGUCGCUGGUUACAUUAGUGUUAAGCCAUAAUGGAUUUAAUCAAGUAUCAGUAGCUUUAUUUGCAUCCGGAUCUUCGUUAAACGUACUCGAUCUUAGUCAUAAUCAAAUUUCUUACAUACAUCCCAAAGCGUUCAGUUCAUCACCUUUGCUACGGAUGGUAAAUCUUUCGUACAAUUUGCUUUUGAGCAUGGAAAAUUUUUCGCCUCUGCCUCGCCUCGAGCGAAUCGAAAUCGAUAAAAAUCCGUGGGAUUGUUUGUGGUUAACCAAAUGUCGAGUUAUUAAUCCGUCACUCUUUGAAAUUUUUCGAUAUAGCAAACGAUACGACGUACUUUCAGUAUGGGGUCUACCGUGUCGUCUGGAAGAUACAAAGGAAAUUUCAACUAGUCUCCCAUUCGACCGGAGUGAAGAAACCAUAGCUGAUUCUGUUAGUGCAUAUCCACAAGGAAAAAUAUUCACUAAAGGAAGGAAAGAAUCAAUCGUUCAACCGUUGUCUACUGCUACGAAUUCGUUAAAAAUAUUAAUAACAAUAUCGGUAUCUUACUAAAACGAAUUCAAUUGGUGAUGCUGGAACAGAGAAAAGCACCUCCUUUUGGUACGAGGUACCAGUUGGUGGUGAUCCUAAUGCAAUGCCACUGAAUAAUAUAUAUGAAGAAAUUUGUGAUUCAGACACACGUCGUGAUUUAUAUGACGCACUGAACUUCCAUCGAGCUCAAGAACAGUAAUCAGCGUAAUAAAAAUGCCGGUAUAAUAUUUAAUGACAGGUUCAUAGAACAUAAAUAAAAAACAUAAUAGAGCUGAGUAUUAAUGCAUUAUGUUGAGUAUUUAUUAGACUAGAUGUUAAGUGUUAAAUCAUAACUGGUAACAUUAAAUUCCAAAAUAUCAGCAGGGAUCAUAGUGUAGCAUAUCUUCUAUUCACAACUUAUUAUAAUACACACUACCAGCUAUAGACACAUUGUAACACACUUCGGAAAGCCAAAACACACCAUUCAUUAUAACACAUCAGCAAAAUAAUCCACACCAUAGCAACAUAUCCAGACCACACCAUAGAAAAAAAAACCAUUGAGACACAUUUAUCGAAAACAACCGAAAUGCGCAACAUAAGCAAUUCAAGCGUUACUGCAGCCAAGUGGAUAAACAGAGAACGCAUAGCAACUUAUUGCUAAAAGCGCAGUGUAGACAAACAUCGACGAACGCACCCGUUCUUUAGCCAGACACAUUUAGCUCAUCACAUUACAACAGUUUAUACUUUCCAGAACCUUCCAGAACACUAAAAAUGCAGCAUAGGCAUAAUGAGAGACACCUCACUCCGAUACAAUUGCACCUCAUAUCAAUAACUUUGAAUUAGGACAAAAACACGUUGCAAAACCAAAUGUACGAAACUCAUUGAGUAUAAAUAAAACCAAUUCCGACCGUGGCGGUCAGAUUCGUUCGGACUGCCAAGAUAGGACGUUACGCUUCCUAA